AGGGAUGCUGCUAGACAGCGGUUGAUCGCAUUUGUGGGGUAGGCGCCGUCAGGGGAGCACCAGAAAAGAAAAUGCUGCCGGACUGAACGCUCGCUCUCUGGCCACACGGACCGCUUUCCUCGAUGGCUCCAACGGAUUCCAGAAGCGAAGUGAAUCCGAACUACGAAGAGAACACAUGCUGCCGUUAAACCUUUGGAAUAACAUUCUCCUCAGAUUAAGAUGGAAACGAACAGAAAACCACUUCGCGUUUUAUCUCACACUUUAAAGCGAUAUCAUUUUGGCGUGGGGCUCAUGUGUUUGUUCGUUUGGUCCGCCGAAGCCCAUAAAUGCAAAGAAGCCUUUAUGCGUUACGACGGAUUGGUGAGCUGUGAAGAGAUCAUGCUACCUCUCGAAGUGCCCAGAAGCACCCAAAAAUUAACUUUACACAGGCACAACAUCUCGGUUUUACCCGAGAGGGCGUUUUCAGCCAAUGGGACCGAUAUGGACUUGCGCGUCCUGUCACUGCAGGACAACAACAUACAAGUGAUCGAAAGUCGUGCAUUUUGUGGACUCCCGCGACUUGUUUCAUUAGAUCUGAGCCACAACCGUUUAAGGGUCGUGUCCCCUGGAGCUUUUUAUUGCUUGGAACGGCUGCGUAAUCUUAACCUCAGUAACAACUUAAUGACUUCGGGCGCGGGGCAAUUACCGCUCGCGCUGUCCAAUGACAGUUUGCGUAAUCUUCAGAGGCUGGACCUGUCUGUAAACUCUUUUAAGGUAAUUCCUCUUUCCGGGUUUGGCAACCUCAAUUUAACCACUUUAAUACUGACAAACAAUUCCAUCGGGACUCUGGAUAAGAGAAAUUUGAGCACGUUGAACGAAUUCACGGAAAUACGCGUUUACUUAUCCCAGAACCCUUUCGACUGUGAAUGUAAAAAAGUGAAGGCGUUUUACGAUUGGCUGAACAACAGCUCCCAGUGCGCAGACGUGGCUAGCCUGAAAUGCGCGCGACCAGAAAAGAAGAAGAACACGCUCGUGAGGGAUCUAGAAAUGAAGGGCAUGGAGUGCCAAAGCUCGGACGCCCGUUCUUAUGUGCUUCUCGGGAUUGUGCUGGCCCUCAUUGGAGUUGUGUUCCUCAUGGUGUUGUACUUGAACAGAAGAGGCAUCAAAAGGUGGCUCAAUAACAUCAGGGAGGCUUGCCGGGAUCAAAUGGAGGUGUAUCAUUACAGAUAUGAACAGGACUCCGAUCCCAGGUUAGCAAACGUUGCCGUUUAAGCGGAACCUGCUGACCUCGUCUCCCUGAACUGUUCGACGAAACGGGAGUUUGUGGCUUUUAAGUGUAGCUUUAAGACGAGCGCACUCUUAAAAGUUCGCAGAUAUACAAUUGUUUCAUUUAAUCUUAAGUUUUGGGGGAAAUGGAUAUGGAAUUCCGGCGACUCAUCUUGCAUUCGUGGGCGUGUCUUUUAUUUGUUUAUUUAUUUUUGGUCUAAUAAAAUCUGUAAUGAAACCUGUCUGGGAACUGCAAUCAAGAGGGCUGGGUUUUUGCUGGUUGCAAGCCACUGAGAUGAAUAGAAAUGCUAACAGUUAGCUUUCUCCAGGUAUUAACAGCUGGCAUUGCCAGCAAUAGAAGGAAACCCCUCAAAACUGUGAUUCAAAAGGAAGCCUAGUAGGUCCAGAAAUUAUUUAAAUAUUACAAAAAUCAUCAGUACAGCAAAGAAAACAAGGCUCAAGCGAUUUCAUCACUUAAAGUGUUAAUUUGUAUUAGAAGCUAUGAAAUGAAAGCAAGGCAGUUGUAUAUACAUUUAUCAGUUAAAAACAAUGCUGAUACAUAACAAUUCCAAAUAAUAAAUGCAGGCUAUAAUACUAUUUGCUUUCCCCAAUGCAUUAAAGUGCUGCACCAAGCAGUCCAAUUAUAAAAAUCUGAGUAAAUGCAAGCCAAAAUAUAGAAUAACUUCCCUGCUGAAAUGGGCAUUGAUGUAUUUAAUGGAAUAGGUAAAUGGUCAGCUUUCAUGAGAUGAUUUAAAAGUUUAAGUGCAUUAGGUUGAAACGUUACAUGCAAUACCUGGUGGACUGCUUGAAUUUCGUUUUGUUUUUUACCCUAUGUAACCUUGUAUACAGUGCCAAGACACUCUUGGUCUAGAGUUAGAGAAUAAGAUUUUUUUUUUUUUUUUUUAACUAGACCUUUGUUUGUAUUUAUGCAUAUGGAGAUUUGACUGUACAAAUAUGUGCAAUUCUAACCUUCAUCAGCUCUUUGCAUAUUUCGAAUGACUGUUAUGCAGCCCAGAUAACCUUGUAAUGAAAUUACAAUAUAGAGCAGUGACAUAAUACUGUUUUAUAAAUAAAUGA